AUGAUACCGCUCAUAUUGGUCGUCCUACUUGUGGCAACGUCAAUAAAUGGGCAUGGAGGAAGGACGAUGGCAUCCGAUAUUCUCUCGGCACAUGGUGGGGUCUUUCGCGAUUUGCACUGGACCAACGACGAACUCGCAGAGAUCUCAGCUUUGCACACUACCGCUUCUCAUCAUAAACUCAUGCAGUUAGUGGCGCGAAAGUUGAUGGAUUCGGAUAUCGACGACGCGGCAAGGCGGAGAAUCGAGAAGUUCAUGAGGUUAAAACGACCGCCAAAAUUUCUUGAAACCUUCCUCACUGACGAGGAUAGGAAUUAUCUUCUUCAACACCAUGCUGCCGGCGAUUUCCAUCAGUACGCCGUGCUUUUGUUCGAACGAUUAUUCGAGCUACCAAAGGAGCAGGCGGUGGCCGCUUUGCGCUACUUUGGCCACACUGCCGAGGCCGAGGCGCUGGCCAAUGCCGAGUGCUACGAGUGCGAAGUGCAACGACUGGCUGAACGACUCGCACGCUGA